AGAGAGGAUGAAGAAUAGCGCGUUAGUUGUAAUCUUCGUUUGGCAAGUCUUUAUCCAGACAAAGGCCAGUGACUUGGCCUUGUGUAAUGGUGAGAGCUACAACAUCUGGUCGCACUCCUGCUGCUUGGGAAUGCUCCUGAAGAAACCCUUCAGCACAAUGGACACCCUCUGCUGUGGUUCCCUCAUGUACCAUCCAGCACGGGAGUUCUGUUGCGGAAACCAAGUUCUGAAGAAGGAGAAGCCGUUCAUGGAGUGUUGUGACGGCCAGCCGUAUAACUCCGCAGCCCAAGUCUGUUGUGGUGGAAAAAUCGAAGUCAAGUCUGAGCGCGGGAACGCCUGUUGUGGAAACAGCCUGUACAACCCACAAAGCCAGCUGUGCUGUGAGGGGCGGAUUUGGCAGAAGACAGUGGGAGGCUAUGAGGAACGGUGCUGUGGCGCCCAGGUCUAUGUGGCUAACUAUCAGAGCUGUUGUAGUGGCAACGUUCACAACGCCUCUUAUACGGACUACCGAUGCUGUGGCGACCAUCCUGUCCACCGGGUCAACGAAGUAUGCUGCACCGCCUACGGUCGGACGGUGAUAUAUCCGAGAGUGAUGUCGGACAAUAUUCACUCCAGUUGUUGUGGUAUACAGCCGAUGAACCGUAAAGAUGAUGUGUGCUGUUACACAAAGGAGGGAGGCAUGUACCAGAUGACGCUUUGGGCGGGCAAAGCAGGGCAGCCAUGUUGUGGAAACCAGACUCUAGACUAUCGGACUGAGCUUUGCUACGAAGGGUCUGUUCGAAAGACGCCUUCUGUAUUCCUUCCCUGUGGAGAGGUCACAUUCAACUCCCACACGCAGCUGUGCUGCUCUGGGGUUGUUCAAAACCAUGGCCCCGACACCCACGGCUGCUGCGCUAGCGGUACAUUUGAUCUGAACAACCAGGUGUGUUGUGGUAACCAAUUGUACGACUUGGAUCCAAAACAUCAUCUGUGUUGUGACUCUCAAAUAUACAACAAGAACGAGAAAAUCUGCUGUGGUGGAACUCUCUUCAGCAGUACUGGUCAGAUGAGUUGUUGCGGUGGUACGGCAUACAACAUAGCUUCGCAGCGCUGCUGUGAUGACACUGUUUACAAUGUUUCCACGCCAUCGGCCGGCUGUUGCGGCAGAGGGACAUACGACCGUAAAACCACCGGUUGCUGCCAUGGAAAGCCAUUCAAAUUGGGACAGGAGUUCUGCUGCGGUGAUUCCGUUCGUGCACUUGAGUUCGGUAUGUUUUCCGGCUGUUGCCAUCAGAAUGUCUAUGACAGCAGGGUGUUUUCCUGCUGCAGCAGUGUGCUACUGCCGUUGUACAGUGACGAGAGCACAGGAUGCUGCGGUCACAAGCCAUACGACCCGCAGAAGGAGAGAUGUUGUACACUGUUGUUUUCACCAAAGCCCUAUUCAGAGCUCGAGGCAGGAUACUGGGUCCGGUGCUAACUUUUACUCACCAUUUGAUCCUGUUUGUGCGGCGUACUUACUUAUGUGGCGUCUGUAUAAAUGAAAAAAAUCCCGGCAAAAUAAAAAACAAUUAGCAUGGGGUUUUGUUUUAUCCAGAAAUAUAAACAUUGUUCCAGAUAUUAUAUAUAUAUAUGUCAUCAAUGACAAAUCAAGCACAGGUGAUCGUGCUGUGUGUUUUUGUUGGGGUUUUUAAUUUUGGACGACAUGCACUAUUUGUCGAAGCCAGACAGCAUUAGUUCGACAAGAAAGCAACGCCAAACAUAACAAUGCUUCAGUUGUGUGAAGAUGCUGUGUCAUUAGAUGUGCAUACGUAUACUGUGGCUUCUUGUGGCAGAGCAAGUCCGUGCGGCCAUUGAAGUCUCAUGCUGAAGACACUAGAUAUGACUCAUCACCCAGUCACAAUAUACUAAAACCGGGACAAUCAAGCCAGUUUCGUCACUCUAAUCUCUCGGUACUGAGAGAGGCAGCAACAAGUAUCAAUCAAAGCAUUUACAUGAACGGCCCGGAUAGCACAAUUGGUAGAGCGUCCGCUUCGGGACCGGUAGAUCCAGGAUCAAACCUUGAUCGAGUCACACCUAAGACUUUAAAAGAGGAAGUUGUAACUUCCUCGCUUGGUGUUCAGCGUGAAGGCCAUAGUGCAAUGACUGGUUGACCCGUAUCACUAUAAUGGCUCGGGCGGGUCGGCUUACUUGCCUUCGGCAAGUCGUCUCAGUGAAGCAGCACUAAAUCAAAGAGCGAUGGAAAUCCUGCAACAGGGAGGCACAUUACACGUACAUGCACCCUAAGGAUUCCUUCGUCGUCAUAUAACUGAAAAAUUGUUGAGCACGACGUUAAACCCCAAGCACUCACUCACUCACUCAAUUCAAUUAAUAAACACUAAACUAACAAGUUUCUGCAGAAUAUAAACUACCGGGCAAAAGAAACGUAUAACUUUUAAAUGCAGUUUUUUCUAUGGAAAAAUAAGUUGAAUAAGUUUGAACGUUGUGCGAAUACGUUUGCACAUAAGCACCCUGUGUACACGUCACUUUUUAACGAGAUUCAUUGAAAUUGGUGUAAGACAUCAUGAAAAAUCGGAAAAACAGGUUUUCGGGCCCUGUUGAAAAUUCUCGAUAAUGACCGCCGUAUAAAUACCGAUGUAGCACAUGGUAAGGGUGCAAUACCAUAAAAACAUCGAAGAGAUGCCGAGACUCACACAAGCAGAACGUGAUAGAGCCACUGGUAUGGCCGACAUGGGGGCCAGCCAACACCACAUUGCCAGAACGUUCAGUUGCAGCCAAGCCACCAUCAGCAGACUGUUGGGUCGUUACCGCCUAACAGGCAGGACACAAGAUCGUCCAAGAUCGGGCAGGCCAAGUGUUAGAACGCCUGGCGAAGACCGGUACAUCCGCACAAUCCACCUGCGUAACCGGUUUGUGACGGCGACGUCAACGGCGGAAACGGCGGAAACGGCACUGGGACACUCCAUCAGCAGACGCACAGUCUUACGACGACUCCGCGUGAGUGGUAUCAGAGCCUAUCGCCCCUUCCGUGGAAUGGCAUUGACUCCCCUACACCGUCAAAGCAGGUUGCGUUGGGCAAGAGUUGUACGUCGAUGACAGCGACGAGACUGGGAAAGGGUGCUGUUCACUGAUGAAAGCCGAUAUAACCUCUUCAGAAAUGAUGGUCGAAUUCGUGUGUAUCGACGCAGGGGAGAGCGAUUGGCACAAAACUGCAUUCAGAAUGUCCACCCUUUUGGUGCUGGUGGGGUGCUUGUAUGGGGCGGAAUUUGUGGACAGGUGAGAACGAGAUUGGUCAUCAUCCAGGGAAAUCUGACUGGCCAAAGAUACCGAGAUGAAAUAUUGGAACCUGUUGUGGUGCCAUUCGUGCAUCAAUAGCAAAGGGGUAUCCUUUUGAAGCAGGACAUUGCACGACCUCAUACCGCCAGAGUUGUACUAAAUUAUCUGGACACCGUUGAUGUCAACGCACUGCCUUGGCCAGCACGAUCGCCAGACAUGAAUCCCUUAGAGCAUCUGUGGGAUCAUCUUGAUCGACGUCUGAGACAACGCGUCCCUCCUCCACAAAACAGGCAACAGCUCAAACAGGCUUUAUUUGAGGAGUGGGACAGAAUUCCUGAUGACGUCAUCCGGCGACUAACGACUUCCAUGAGAGGACGUAUUUUGGCUUUAAUUGAUGCAAUGGGUGCUCACACACGCUACUAACGAUCUGUCUUAUGACAGGAUAGGACAUUAGGUACACCUUUUUAAGGGAGUCCCUUUACUUGCAUUUGUGUAAUUUUUCAGAUUUACCCCAUGCCUUCUUUACUCUGCCUGACAGCAAGUGUAAUAUCCAUAUGGCUUUGAAUUUUUGAACAGAACUUGGAAAAUGGUUUAUUGCAAUAUAAUGCUUAUCAUGUUGAUACUGUCUGUCUGUCUUUCUUUCUCUUUCUUGUGGUGCUGAACAAGGUUAUACGUUUCUUUUGCCCGGUAGUUUAUAUUUUAUACGUACACACUGCAGAAUAUAUACUGAAUUCCAAAGGAGACGGGAAUUUUUCCAUUGUCAAGUCGGAAGUACAUGCUGAGUAAUCAAAAGUGAGUAGAUAUGUAAUGGACGUUCCAGGGAGUGUUUUUCAAUUUUAAAGAUGGGUAUCUUCCGCAAACGCAGCAACAGUGGUGCCAGGCGGCACCAAAUUGUACCGAUUUUAAUU